AGGGAUUGCAGAGAAGAAAGAAAGGCACUAUAUAGUCACUCUCUUGGAUUAGACCCUCUAGGAGGGUCAAGGAGGAAGCUCAGAGGAAAGUAAACCCUGAGAUCCUUGCCUGAGUAGUCAAGACUGGCAAGCAGAUAGGAGAGACACAGAGUAUUCACUGGGGUGGAGUAUAAUCUGUGGGUGUGCCCUGGCAAAGACCUUGGGAGGCAUUUAACUGGUGAGUAGAGUAGGAGAAACUAGAGAGAGAUGAAAGGUCAAGCCCCAGGAGGGCAGAAGUUUAUAAUUGUUGGCUUGGGAUUUUUGUUGGGGGAUUACAGGAGAGUCCUGGUGCUAAAAGAAGGGUGAACCUAGAGAAGUUGUGGGGGAGAAGGCCUGGGAAAGGUUGGGUAGGAAGAAGACCUGAGGUGUGGCAACAAGAAGUCUGGUGGAGUAAACCUCAGUUGCCUGUAUUGGCAUCCCUGGACAGGAACCCAGUUGAGUGGGAGGGCCUGGGUUCCCCUAGCAACUCCUGGUAUGAGGUGUGAGGCCCUGAGUAGGAGAAAAGGGUGAGAAAGUCCUGAGAGAAGGGAGUGAAGAUCCUGGUGCCCUGAGUUAGGGCUGAAGACCCUUUUUUAUAAGGAUUUUGGACUCUUAUUGGUCUUUGUGACCCCAAAAGUGGUGAUAUUGAACUGUGACCUGGACAGAGGCUGAGUUACAGGAAAAGAGACAACCACUGGGUCAGAGUAGCAGUCAGCAGGGUGUGUCGUAUGGGAGAAGAGCCUGCAAUGCCACACCAAGCCACAAGGGAGCACUUCAGAGGACCUGAGCACUGGCACAAACAUUACCCUAUUGCCAAAGGAGACAAUCAGUCACCUAUUGAAAUCAAUUCCAAAGAGGUCCAUUAUGACCCCUCACUUCUGCCUUGGUUUGUUGGAUAUGAUCCUGUCGGAGCUAGGACCAUAGUGAACAAUGGGAGAACCUGCAAAGUUGUGUUUGAUGACACUUUCAAUAGAUCAGUGCUGAGAAAUGGACCACUCCCAGGUAUCUACAGACUGCGUCAACUUCACUUUCAUUGGGGUUCUUCUAAUGACCAUGGCUCUGAGCACAUUGUGGAUGGAGUGAAAUAUGCGGGAGAGCUUCACUUGGUACACUGGUAUUCAAAAUACAGUAAUUAUGCUGAAGCUUUGAGAAACUAUGAUGGUGUGGCUAUUUUGGGCAUUUUUCUUCAAGUAGGAAAAACUCAGAAACCAGAGAUGAAGAGAAUUCUUGAAGAAAUAAAUGGUAUUAAAACAAAGGGAAAAGAGGUUCCUUUUUCAAACUUUGAUCCAUCAAUUCUUUUUCCUAAAUCUUGGGACUAUUGGACCUACCAUGGCUCCCUCACUGAACCUCCUUGUGAUGAGUGUGUUACCUGGAUACUUUUGAGGGACCCUAUUAUUGUCAGCCCAGACCAGAUGGCAAAGCUCCGUAGCCUUUCCAUCAAUGCUGACACAGAACCUGCUCGCCCCAUGCUGGAUAACUGGCGCCCUCCUCAGCCUCGGCAUUUCAGGAUGGUGAGAGCCUCGUUCCAAUGAAAUCUAUGCUGAAACUGGGUGUCUUUGCAUGAGGCAAUGCCUAUAUCCCAAAGCCUAGUUAGCUUUGUGCCCUCUACUGCUCUUUCUCUGGAUGCAGAUCAGCAUUUCACAGUCCAAAACUCCGCAUAUUGAAAUGUGAUGGGCCCCCAACUCUAAUUUUAAGAUGUCAAAAAUUACUUGAGGCAAAUUCUAAUCUUAACAUGAAAAUAUGGAAUCUGUGUUUGGAUCUCAAUAAUAACUGUGUUAGCUUUAACAGUAGUAUUUAUAUGGCUAUUUCUAAGGAAGAAAAAUGGAAUAGUUACUAAUGGCUAAAAAAGGCAUUUCUCCAUUAACCUUGUGGUCUUCAAUGCUUGCCUUUUUUCAGACCGAAGAGGUUUCCAAUUAACAGAAACAAUGAGUCAUUUGAAUUUAAAAUGGACAACAUGUAUCAAAUUCUGCUGUCAAUGGUACUAGCAUAAUCCAAUAGAGAAUACCAGGUGUAAUGGAGGGCAGUGUUUUCUCCUUUGUAUUCAUAUAGAAAUAUGGAGAGUACAAAGACUCAUUAAAUUUCCAGUGAUAAUUAAGCAAGUUAAGAUUUUAAUGAACUGAAAAGUUAAUAUUGUAAAAUUGUAUUUUGAAAACUGAAAUCAAGGUGUCAAAUCAAAUUAAGGGUAUUACAUUGGGGGGGGGAAGAGUGCCUACUUUAAUUAUUGUAUCAACUGACUUAUUCUUGUUAGAAGGUCAACAUUAAUUUUAAUAUUAAAGCAACUGGAAUGAAAUGAAUUUCAAGAAAUCCCAGGGUUUUCUUUAAUUUCCUGCAAUUGUAGGUCUUAUCCGUGGAUGAACGUGAAUAGAUUCUGUCGAAAACCCUUUAGCAUCUUAAGAGUUAUUUAGUCCCCAUUUUUUCUACUGUACCAUUGUCCUUACAUGUCUGAAGGCCAAAUUCUGCCCUCAUAAACCUAUGCAAUUGAUCCUGAUGUCAAUGAGAUUUGUGUGCAGGUAUCUCUGUUGGACUUGUGGUAGCAAGAGCAAUAAAAGAGUAUUGUAUGACUGCACUUGAAGUAAUAGCAUUUCUGCUUUAAGAGAACCAACACUAAUAAAAACUCUUUUGU